UUUGACAGGGCUGAGAGUAUAACUAGCUCAACUUCCAGUUUAAGGCACAGACAGUCUUAUCUAUGCUGUUGAUCAUUUGUAACGCUGCCACUGCUUCACCAUGAAAACAGCCGUCUUCCUCUUGAGCAUAGUCCUUGCAGAGCUGCUGUGGGGAGGCGAGGCUGUAAAGUUUGGCCAGCUCUGCAGUGGAAAUGCCAACAACAGGAAGAGGAUCUCUGAUACAUGGGGACAAGGACACUACGGAGCACCCCGAGGAAGCAGAGUCCACAACGGCCUGGACGUGGCGUGUGCGGACGGGGCUGUUGUCUACGCUCCCUUCGAUGUCAAGUUGAACGGCAAAGUCAUCGUUUACACCGACCCCAAGAAGGCAGCCAUCAACAACGGCAUCAACCUCAGUGGGGAAGGCCUGUGCUUCAAGCUGUUCUACGUGAAACCAGACAGCGUCUCUGGAGAGGUGAAGAAGGGCCAGAGGCUGGGCACCAUGCUGCCCAUGCAGUCCGUCUACCCCGGCAUCACCUCACACAUCCACGUCCAGAUGUGCAACAAGUCUGACCCCACCAAGUACUUCUGAUGACCUUUGACCCAGUGUCAGCUUAAUAAACAAUGUUUCAUUGCU